CCCAGCGAUACAGUUCCAUUACAGACAAUGAAUAAUACUCGUCUAUUUUCGUACAAAAAUUUUCUGAAAAAUGUAGUUCUCGUACUCAUGCUCAUUGUUCUUAAUAUACCUGCAGAGCCCGUGGGAUUAUCAGGUAACAAUGACAAUUGCUCGGCAUUUUGUACCUGCUACACCUGGUAUUCCCUGCGAUGGGCUUCUUGCUCAGGUCAACAUCUUUACAGUAUUCAUACGGGAAUAUCUGACAUUGUGCAGGCACUAGACAUAUCUAAUAAUACGAUUUCCAUUCUGGCGGAUUACGAGCUCCAGUCAACAGGUUUAACACAGCUGAGGUACCUGAACCUUUCGGACAAUGCCAUCAACGAAAUUGGUUUGUCAGCCUUCUGCGGUUUACAGGAGUUGACAGUUCUCGAUUUAUCGAGAAAUCAUCUCUAUUAUAUUUUACCCAACACCUUCGUUGACAACACGAACUUGAGAGUUCUCAGAUUGUCAGGGAACAACUUUAAUCAACAUGUCCCCUUCUUGGAGAAUCCUUCAAUCACGGAAUUAAAUCUCGCUUCGUGCCGAUUAAGUCAUUUACCAUCGGGGGCAUUCAGUGGACUCAAGCGGCUCCGCAGCCUCGAUCUAUCGGACAAUUUGAUGAUACAACUCGAAGUGGAAGCAUUACGCGUGCUGCCGUUUCUCAGGAUUCUGUCGAUUAAUGAUAAUCCAUGGGCAUGCAACACCAAACAAAUGCAGAGUCUCCAGCACUACUUGACGUCGAGGGAAAUUAAAUACGAGCCAUCAGUCUGCCCCCGCCGCAGCAGCGUAAAAAAAUUCGAAAAAAUAGUAUUGAGUCCUGUAAUGGUGGAACCCAAGAAUGCCCCGAACACAAUCAUCUUACCGAAAAACAAAAAUACCGGAAAUACUGGUUGGGUGAAGGAAGAAAAUAGAGACGAUGAGAAGACCGCAGCUUCCGUAGAAGAAAAGAUAAAUAAAUUGAAGGACUUUUAUACUUUCGAGGCAUCGGUUUUAUGUAUUUUCGGAUUCAUAACAGGCCUUGGGCUCGGAAUAAUCGGAACGUAUUGCUGGUUGUCCAGAUCAAUUGUGGGAUCUUCGCAGAGACCGUCAUUGCUGAAUUCAUCAUUACGCAGAUACGACACGAUAUCACACAACAGUCAAGCUAGCUUCGAGUUCUCUAGUCCCCUUGCGCAACGAGUCUCUUUGUUGAGGAAUAUCUGGAGCAAUAGUGAUGAAGAUGUCAACAAUCUUCGACGAAUUCCAGUUUGUCCGGAUACACCACCUCCGGCGUACCGCGACGUUAUUCUUCACGCUAAUCGUUAUCCUGUUGGUUGAAAACUAGAGAUUAUUAUUGUCGAGACAAUAUUUAUUAACUCUUGAGUGAUGUUCGUUUUUUAUAAAUAAAAUAUAAUAAAGCUGUUGCCGAUUAUUUGGCCGUGUUUCACGAAAACUA